UAGCAUAUGGCCCAAACUUUAAAGAGAAAACAGAAGUGGAUGCUUUUGAAAACAUUGAGGUUUACAACCUUAUGUGUGAUUUGCUGCGUAUAACACCAGCAGAAAACAAUGGAACACAUGGCAGCUUGAAUCACCUUUUAAAGAAACCUUUUUACAAUCCUUCACAUCCAAAGGAAGUCUCAUCUCCCUCUUCAUGUCCAGUUUCCAGUUUGACCCCUGAAAAUGAGCUGGGAUGCAAAUGCAUGCAAAUUUCAAAUGAGACAGAAGAAAUGUCACUGAAUGAGAGGUUAAACCUCACCACAGAAGAAAGUAAGUAG